UAGAUUCUUCCCCAAGUCUCGAUUUUCCGCAGGAGAAACGGAGAAUCGUUGAAACUUGAAAUGCUCCCACUGUACUAAUAAUCUAAAUCCCAUAAACCCUUGUUUUUUUCUCCAUGAAAAUUGAGAAUUCAUCGCUGGGAAUAAAAUUAAAAUUAAAAUUAAAUUAAUUAUGAGAACAAUUUCGCGGUUGCGAGCGUCGGGCUCCUCGAUUGCGAACCAUCAAAUUCUGACCCAAUUCAGAACAAAAGCUUCCAAUUCAUUGUCUGCCGUUCAGGCCACUUUCAACUCCACUAAGGAUUUAUUUGAGAGGCAUAAAGUGGUGUUUACUAUCUCCACAUCUAUUGCUUCAGUGGCUACAGCAUGGGCUGGUUAUUCUUUACGGCACCUUCAUCAGUCAAGAGUUGAAGAAAGGCUUCAAUCAAUUGAGAAAGCUAUGAAAAGCAAUUACGAGAUGAAAGAGCCUGAAAUCAGAAGACUUGUUUCAAGAACUGUUAGCAUCCCAGCUUGUGUUGCAACUGCUGGAACCAGUUUGAUUAUAGGAUAUGGUUUGGGUUGGCGCGGUGGAGCAUGGUAUGCGAACAGAAAGCUUCGGGAAGAACAGAUGAAAUUACUGGGGACAAUUAAGCAACAAAGAUUUCACAAAGUGCUAAAGUUCUUAAAAAGGCCACUUAGAAGACCUAAACUCCAAGAAAGUGCUGCUUCUAAGAUUUCCGAUUCUUCGCCAAAAGACGCUUCUGUCCCUUGCACGUAAAGCUGAAAACGAGUAGAUACCAUAUUUAUUUACUUAUAGGUAAAUGAGAGUAUGAUGACAGACUAUCUGAAUUCUUUUUAUUUUAUUUUUUUAUUUGAAAUUAAAGGAAAUUUUCGACAUU